AUGGUGAAAUUGGAAAGGAUUCAGCUUCACUUUUACGACUGCACAUGCAAGUUCAAAUACCGUUGCGCUCAGAAAAACUUUCUGAAAACAAGGAAAAAUCCUGAAGCAACACAGCUCAGAGACACAGGAGUCAGUCAUUGCAUGUCAAUGGAAGAAGAAAGGAGGAGAGGAACAAUGUGCGAUGUGUUUAUCACUCUGCUGACUGCCCUCUGUUUCGGUUACCGGGGCACGGCUCUUGAGGUCAAUGUCCCAAAACGAGACAUUGGUCGGGAAAUCCAAAUGGACAUGGGUCUCAAUUCGGCCGCUUACCUCUUCACCCAAAGCUGCCAGGCUGAUGGCUUGGCCAGAGCCCAGCUGGAGAAGGACAGAAGAGCCAAUCAAGUCUUUGAUAAUGCUUGGAGGAAAGCGAACAGUUGUAUGGCCCACAGUGUCAUACCAAGAGGGUUGACAAAGGAUCACAUUCAUGCAGUUUACACUUACACAGCCAGUUACAUCGAAGAUGGCCAGUUCUACAAGGUAUUCAAUGAGGCGGUCCGAGAGUAUGGAGCCAAUGACACUGUCUAUGCCCGGGAUUUCAAGUUCAAGAGUUUCCAUUAUUUGUUGACAGUGGCCUUGGAACAACUGAGAAAGGACAGGCCUCACCCGAGGGGACUGACUUACAGAGGGGUCAGGUUAUCAACGAAUGCCCCGCAGGCAUCACAUGUCAGAUUUGGAUUCUUUGUUUCUUCAUCACUGAGUCAAAGAAUUGCCCUCAAUUUCACAAAUCUGUCCUCAAAUCACAACACCUGGUUUCAAAUCGACUCCAAGUUUGGGGUCCCAAUCAUGGACUACUCCUGCUUCCCUGAGGAGAUGGAGGUUUUGAUCCCCACCUACGAGGUGUUCCGGGUGAAUUCGGUGACUCCCUGGAACUCUGGCACAAACAUCACCCUCACAGGGGAGGGUAAGCUGGGGGUCGCCGUGGAGGUGAAAAGGGGCAAAAAUGGCAGCUUGGUGGUGGUACGGUGCCAGGGGACGGCCAACUCACUCUCGGUCUGUUUGUGGAUCCUACUGCUCCUGGUUCUCAUGUAG